AUGUAUGUAAAUGAAAUUUGGAAAUUUUUUGAUUCAAAUUUGGUGUUACUAGUGCAAGUCAACCAAUGCUUUAAAUUGGAAGUAUUUUCAAUAAAUUUGUUUGCUUUGGGUUUUGAAAAUUUUAACAUUGAUUGGAAAGGUUACAAACACUUGUUUUUGUUUAUUGAUGUAAUAGUGAAACAAAUUUAUUUAAAUUAUAUUGUGACAAAUUAUACAUUGUUUUUCAGUGUGAAUUAUUUUUAA